AUGAAUAGAGGGGUCAGACAAGGAGAUCCUAUUUCUCCUAUGCUUUUUAUUUUGGAUGUUGAAGGUCUUACAGCGUUGAUAGAAAAAGCAGUUAUUUUGGGCCUGCUUGAUGGUAUUCACGUGGAAGGUUAUAUGGAGCCUAUUUCCAUCCUGCAAUUUGCGAAUGAUACUCUUUUAUUUGUUCCUAAUGAUAUGUGGAUGAUCAAAAAUCUUUUGCGGAUUCUUAGAUGUUUUGAAUUGGUUUAUGGGCUAGAAAUUAACUAUCACAAAUCAUCAAUCAUAGGAAUAAAUGUUGAUGAUCAAAGCCUUGCCGAGGCUUCUAGUAUUUUUAGUUGUAAAAUUGAAGUUUUACCAAUUGUCUAUCUUGUUCUUCAUCUCUCUCUCUCUCUCUCAAGAAGUCUUCCAGUGUAUUAUCUAUGUUCCUUAAGCACUCCAAAUUUGGUGGUUAAUUCUUUAAAGCAAUUGAUGAGGCGUUUCUUAUGGAAUGGGCCUGUCACUUAUUUGGGGUUUAGUAAAGUUUCUGGGCAGAACUCCGGCUUCAAAAAUUGGUUUGAUUUGGAAGAUAUAGAAGUGCGACGUCUAUCGCAUUUACGGAAUGGGAUUUUCUCGGCUUGCAUUAAGAAUUCUCAGGUGUGGGACCUGUUUCUUUCUCAUCUUAGCAGUAGUGUAGGUAUAGGGGAGAAUAUUUUUGUAUGA